CGAAUAGCACAAUGAGAGUUUUUACAACAUUGGUUGCGAUCUGGUCAAUCCACAUCUUCGAGAAAAACGUUAAAGCGCUUACCUGUCUGAAGUGCAACUUCGCAGAGCAGCCUCGAUACUGCAAAACGGUCAUCUCAUGUCCGGAUGAUGAUUCGUGUUUUGUUCAGAAGCAGACAAAUGCUUUUGGUGAAAUAGGCUACAACCUUGGAUGUCUUGCAGAACGUUCCUGCAAGAAUUCAACCUCCAACUCGAGUCAUUGUACUCAGUGUUGUGACAAGGAUCUGUGUAACCACGCUGGAUGCGGUGAAGAAGGAUAUCCUUAUCAACGUGGACCCGUGUGCUAUAGCUGUAGUAACCCAUCAAGUGAGGGCCAUUGUCAUAGUAUUAACGUUUGUAUGGAAGGAGAGGUGUGCAGUCUUAAUGGUGCGGACACGUUCGGGACAGUAUUAUUUACAUACGGUUGCAUGCCAAAACACCACUGUGUUACCCACUCUGGUGGCGACCUCAUUGUUGGAAGGCGAAGCGACGUGACAUCCACAUUAACAUGGUCGCGUGGUCUCAAUGAAUGUUCGCACUGUUGUGAUGCUGAUCUGUGUAAUACAAAUUGCCAAACUAGAGUGGACGGACAGUGGGGUUCAUGGACUGCGUGGUCCUUGUGUACAUCUCACUGUAACAAAUCACGGACGCGAGCGUGUGACGAUCCCGCACCGCUACAUGACGGGAGAGAUUGCCCAGGUCUAACGAUGCAAACACACGACUGUUACACAGACCAAUGUCAACGUAAUGAUUCAUUCAUGGACGGACAGUGGGGUUCGUGGACUGCGUGGUCCUUGUGUACAUCUCACUGUAACCAGACACGGACUCGAGCAUGCGACAAUCCCGCACCGCUACAUGACGGGAGAGAUUGCCCAGGCCUUACGAUGCAAACACAAGGCUGUUACACGGACCGAUGUCAAGUGGACGGACAGUGGGGUUCAUGGACUGCGUGGUCCUUGUGUACAUCUCACUGUAACCAGACACGGACUCGAGCAUGUGACAAUCCCGCACCGCUACAUGACGGGAGAGAUUGCCAAGGCCUAACGAUGCAAACACACGACUGUUACACAGACCAAUGUCAACUGGACGGACAGUGGGGUUCAUGGACUGCGUGGUCCUUGUGUACAUUUCACUGUAACCAGACACGGAUUCGAGCAUGUGACAAUCCCGCACCGCUAAAUGACGGGAGAGAUUGCCCAGGCCUAACGAUGCAAACACACGACUGUUACACAGGCCAAUGUCAACUGGACGGACAUUGGGGUUCAUGGACUGAGUGGUCCUUGUGUACAUCUCAAUGUAACCAGACACGGACUCGAGCAUGUGACAAUCCAGCACCGCUAAAUGACGGGAGAGAUUGCCCAGGCCUAAUGAUGCAAACACACGACUGUUACACAGACCAUUGUCAACUGGACGGACAAUGGGGUUCAUGGACUGCGUGGUCCUUGUGUACAUCUCAAUGUAGCCAGACACGGACUCGAGCAUGUGACAAUCCCGCGCCGCUACAUGACGGGAGAGAUUGCCCAGGUCUAACGACGCAAACACUCGACUGUUACACAGAUAAAUGUCAACCGAAAGAUUGCUCCCAGCUACUAAGCAGUGGUGCUGCUCUUCGUAGUGGUGUGUACAACAUCACCACACCUCUAACUUCAACGAAAAGACAGGUUUACUGUGACAUGGAGACGGAUGGAGGAGGAUGGACGGUCUUUCAAAGGCGGUUCAAUGGCAGUGAAGAUUUUUAUCGAAACUUCAAUGACUAUGAAAACGGCUUCGGAUUUGUUCACGCAGAACACUGGCUCGGUCUUAAAUACAUUCACGAGAUAACAUCGCGUGGAUCUUAUCAACUCCGAGUGGACAUUUUGCAUUCAAAUAGAAGCAAGGGAUACGAUAUGUAUGGUAACUUCAGUCUGCAACCCGGAACUAACUACACCUUGAACACUGGGCCGCGUAUAAGGUCAAAUAAUGUUGAUUCCACAUUCUCAUUUACUAUUGGUUGGGCUGGUGGUGAACCAGUCGGCAAUGCUUUCACUACAUAUGAUCAUGACGUUGAUCGUAGAUAUGGAUCUAAUUGCGCAACGAUGUACAAAGGAGGCUGGUGGUACAAUAACUGUUAUAAUAACAUCAACCCAAACGGCCUUUACCAACCAGGAUACGGUCAUGGCGAAGCUAUGAAAUAUUGCUCUCUGUACGGCAUUGCUGCCAGCACAAUAAUGUUUAAACGUGUGUGAUAAAAACGGUAGCAUAGUUAACAUAUGUAGAAUAUUCAUUUACACAACCAUUGGCAACCUAUUUCAUAUGGACAAAAUAGAUAAUCAGCAUACGUGUAAAAACAACUGUUGUUGUUAUUUGAGGCACUCUCACGAGCUUGUUGUUUCUUCAUGGACUGCAGAAAAAUAAAGUACCGACAUUUACAAA